AUGGACAAGUUUCGGAUGAUCUUUCAGUUCCUCCAGUCCAACCAAGAGUCCUUCAUGAAUGGCAUAUGUGGAAUCAUGGCCCUUGCCAGUGCCCAGAUGUACUCAGCCUUUGACUUCAACUGCCCCUGCCUGCCACGCUACAACCUGGCCUAUGGGCUGGGCAUCCUCCUGGUGCCCCCCUUCAUCUUGUUCCUGUUGGGCUUUGUGCUGAACAACAAUGUCUCCAUGCUGGCAGAGGAGUGGAGACGGCCUCGGGGCCACAGAGGGAAAGACCCAGCUGUCCUGCGCUACAUGUUCUGCUCCAUGGCACAGCGAGCCAUGAUCGCUCCGGUGGUCUGGGUCUCGGUGACACUGCUGGAUGGUAAGUGCAUCACUUGUGCCUUCUGCACCUCAGUGCCUGUUGAGACUCUGGGCAAUGCCAGCCACCCUGGCUUCUCCCAAGGGGAGAUGAAGCGAGUCCUUGCCCGCAUCCCUUGCAAGGAGAUCUACGAUGGACAGGAGCUCAUUGCCAAUGAAGUGGCCGUCAGGUACCUGCGCUGCAUCUCGCAGGCUCUGGGCUGGUGCUUCGUGCUGCUGAUGACCACAAUGGCUUUCUUGGUUAGAUCACUCCGGCCCUGCUUCACUCAAGCCAUCUUCCUGAAGAGCAGGUACUGGUCCCACUACAUCGACAUUGAGCGCAAGCUGUUCGAUGAAACAUGUGCAGAGCAUGCCAGGAGCUUUGCCAGGGUCUGCAUCCAGCAGUUCUUCGAGGGCAUGAGCACGGACCUGGAGGCUGCUCGCUGCCACCCACCCAGGAAAACCCCUGCAGAUGCUGGAGAAGCUGUUGAGAAGCUCUUGGGCAUCACUGACCAGAGCACCAUGAACUCAGCCCUCAAGAGCUGGCACAGAUGCAAGCCUCCACUGCACCUCCACCAGCCUGCACUCCCCAGCAGCAAUGGCUGGCCACAGGAAGAGCAUCCCCCUGCACACACCCCUGUGCCCCGAAGGGAGAUGGCUGCCUACUACAGCCGGGUGUGA